UGACUUCCAUGAAUAAAAUAUUGAACUAUCACAUCGUUAAUUUUAAUCUCCCUCAGUUUAAUUCACUGAAUGAUUUUAAUACUGACGUUAAUAUUGAUCUCACAAUUUUACUUACUCAAAACCGAAAUGAAAUUAUCCACAGUGCUGAUUCUUUUUUAAAUCGAGUCACAUUUAAUAUCCUGUUUUUUUAUCAAACCAUAUGUAAAUCACAAACAUUUACCUCACUCUUGAAAUGCAAUUUGGUCGAUUUCAAAAUGUCCCAAUUUUAUUUGUUUGAUAUUUCUAUAUUUCUCAAAUUGCUACCCUUUUUAUGCGAUAAAUUGUUGUUAAUUCAAAAUGAGCAGGACCGUCUGCAAUCAAAUUUAAUCGAUCAAAAUAUGAAAAAUUUGGAUCAAACUUUGAUCGAGUUAUUUGGAUUAUCCAAACUAUAUAGUUCCAGUAAAGAAAAGUCUAUCAUAUUUAGAAAACUAGCUAUACCGAAAUAUAAUCAACUAGAUGAAAGAUUUAUCACUUCAAUAAAUAAUUUAGAAUGCUUGUUAUUUAUACUAUCUUAUUUGCUAAGGACAUAUUUUCAGGAAGAAACCAGUUCUGACGACAAUAUAAUGAAAGAGUUGCACAAAAAUAACGUGAAUCAAGAUUUUACCCAUAUCUUACGAAAAAUAAUGGUUAAAGAACAAACUAUAAUAAAACUUAAAAAAAUAUUAAAAAUUAUUAAAAAUCAAGAUGUUGCAAGUAGUCAUAUUUCAGAAAAAGAAAACAAGUCACAAAACAAAUUUUUAGAAACAUUAAUUUUUGAUAUACAAUUGUACGUCUCAACGCUAUAAGACUUAAUAUGUCCAAUUUAUGUAAAAAAAAUCGUGUACUAAUUAAAUCAAUUAUAUAAUAAUUUUUAAAUUUAUCAACCAAUUAAUUAACUGUUGUUCUGAUUUCAAAAAAAGUAGUGGACCAAAGGCUACCAUUUUCUUUUCAAAUUAUUUUAUAUAAUUGUCGACUGAGGUUUGUAGUGCUACCAUUCCAACUGUACGGGAGAGCAUUUUUAAAAUUUACUUGUCAUAUUUUUAUUUUCCAAACUAUUAUAGCAUUCUUAGAAAACUGCUUUUAUAAUUUUUAAAGCUGAAUGCUAUAACUUUUAUCAUUUUUCCGAAUCUGUUCAACGGUUGUAGAACAUGUUAUGCUAAAUAUUAUUAAGAAAACUUUCUAGUGCAAUUUCGCUUAUGUCAUCAGCCUCAUCCAUCUCUGUUUCAAAUUUUUUUAAAUUUAGAAUAGUAUCUAGACUAGAGGUUUGCAAUGUGCAUGUUUUUAGCCCGCAAGCUCGCCCGUCAAAUAUUUUUAAAAAAUUUAACCUGCCUGCCUCACCCGCCCAUAGUUUUUAAAUAAAUAUACCCGCCCGCCCUUUAGUCUAAAAAACAUUUCCCGCUGCCCAUUAUUUA